CGCAUCGCCCGUCGCUCAAUCCGAUUCGAACGGCCAGCGAAGGCGAACGUGCGGCUAGCGAACUCGCGCGUCCGAGCAAGCGUGGUGUUUGGACAGAGUUUUCGAAGUGUGUGAUACGUGCGUGGUUUCAUCGUGCUGAAGAAAUACUCGAAACUAUCCCAAUUCCGUUUGAACAAUUCAAACACUUUGUCGCGUGAGCCAGCCAAGAAACCCGAACGUGAAGAGUUUUCGGGGGCUCCUAAUCGAAACCUGUUUGCUGGUAUUGUUUGUGUGGAUCGAAAUUGUGUGAUCUUCCCCAUUCUAUAUUGAGUUUUAGAGGUGGAUUUGUGGUGAAACAAGUUAUUGGACGGUACGGGCUCAGAAGUUGUGUGCCAGUUUCGGGAGUUUCGGGAUUUUCGACCGGUCGGAAGUUCCUGGUUCUCCAGUGCGAAACGGGAGUGAGAGUGAGUCGGCGAGUCGUUUCCGCGUGUGGGUGAUUUUGUGUAAGUGUGUCUGUGACCGCAAUAUCUUGUCUGGGGAAUUCUUGAAUUUCUUGCCGAAAACAAAAUCGAAGAUAAUCAACCCCGAUAGCCUCACAAGCAAAGUUAACGACGCGGGCUCGCGAGUGAUCGACAGCAGUGUGUGUGUGAUCUUACCGGUUAGAAGGGGCAUCUUUGCCGGGCAAGAUAGGAAAUAAGAGAAACCGGACUCGCUCGCUGACCUGCGAUAGAAAGGCUGUGGUGUGCAUAGCGAGAACAGAGAAGUGUUUGAAUUUCCCGAAUCGAGCCCGUUCUUCCCAAAAUUCCACACCGGAACAGGUUUCGGUAGACAUAACCGCUGUCUGUAUGCAAAAAAAAAACAACCUCUCUGUUCGGAAGCUGUGGACGAUUUUAAGCGUGUGCUUUGGCGAGAUAAAGAUGGACCGCAGGUAGGCGUGAGAAGGAGAAGUGGAAGCAGUAGGAGGCAAAAAAAGGUACAUAUUCCCUCAGUUCCGCGUUUCGGUGGUUCAGUACGGUUCGAGACGCGAGCAAGGAUGCAUGCGGCCAGGAUAGUUGCCUGCCUGCUCGUCCUGUUCGGUGUGCGGUCUAGUGUGUGCAGUUUGCCGUGCGAUUUCAUAGAUUCGGUCAACAUUACCGAUGGCGAACGGUUGCCGAAUGAUGAGAUCCGGCACAAUGGUGUGAUCUACAACAAGACGUACUACCGGGUGAUCGAUUACGACUACCAGGACUUUGCUACGAAAAGGUACGUGCCGAACUAUGUGCGCGGCUGCCUAUGCGCGGUGCGGAUCUGUGUGCGGCUGUGCUGCGGCGAACACGAGUAUCUUGGGAAGCGGUGCACGCACACGGACGACUAUCUGCCGAUCCUGGUGAACGUGAGCGCGACGGAAGCGGUCGAUCUGCGGAACCAUUCACUGUACGGGUUCCUGUACGGGAAGCCGUGCGAGCAGGUGUACGAGCUGCUGCCGGAGGAAAGCUCGGCCGACGAGUGGAGCAUCGCGAGGAACGGCAGCCUUAUCAUUGCGGACGAGCUGCUUAUCCAACGGAACCAGUACUGCCUUGCGCCGAGACAGAAUAAUGGCUUCGCCUCCGGACUCGUCUGCUUCACCACGAACGAAGAGUUCAAGUACAAUCUUUAUCCGGUCGUUCCCUGCCAGGAAAGCAUAUUUCGAUCACACGUGAUACCGAUGAAAGGCUGUGGUGUGCAUAGCGAGAACAGAGAAGUGUUUGAAUUUCCCGAAUCGAGCCCGUUCUUCCCAAAAUUCCACACCGGAACAGGUUUCGGUAGACAUAACCGCUGUCUGUAUGCAAAAAAAAAACAACCUCUCUGUUCGGAAGCUGUGGACGAUUUUAAGCGUGUGCUUUGGCGAGAUAAAGAUGGACCGCAGGUAGGCGUGAGAAGGAGAAGUGGAAGCAGUAGGAGGCAAAAAAAGGUACAUAUUCCCUCAGUUCCGCGUUUCGGUGGUUCAGUACGGUUCGAGACGCGAGCAAGGAUGCAUGCGGCCAGGAUAGUUGCCUGCCUGCUCGUCCUGUUCGGUGUGCGGUCUAGUGUGUGCAGUUUGCCGUGCGAUUUCAUAGAUUCGGUCAACAUUACCGAUGGCGAACGGUUGCCGAAUGAUGAGAUCCGGCACAAUGGUGUGAUCUACAACAAGACGUACUACCGGGUGAUCGAUUACGACUACCAGGACUUUGCUACGAAAAGGUACGUGCCGAACUAUGUGCGCGGCUGCCUAUGCGCGGUGCGGAUCUGUGUGCGGCUGUGCUGCGGCGAACACGAGUAUCUUGGGAAGCGGUGCACGCACACGGACGACUAUCUGCCGAUCCUGGUGAACGUGAGCGCGACGGAAGCGGUCGAUCUGCGGAACCAUUCACUGUACGGGUUCCUGUACGGGAAGCCGUGCGAGCAGGUGUACGAGCUGCUGCCGGAGGAAAGCUCGGCCGACGAGUGGAGCAUCGCGAGGAACGGCAGCCUUAUCAUUGCGGACGAGCUGCUUAUCCAACGGAACCAGUACUGCCUUGCGCCGAGACAGAAUAAUGGCUUCGCCUCCGGACUCGUCUGCUUCACCACGAACGAAGAGUUCAAGUACAAUCUUUAUCCGGUCGGCAUGCUGCUGUCCGUUCCGUUCCUGCUGCUCACCUUCUUCGUGUACGCCUGCAUACCGGACCUGCGGAACAUGCACGGCAAGUCGCUGAUGUGCUACGUGCUGGGUUUGAGCGUCGGUUACACCGUACUGUCGAUGGUGCAGCUGCGUGUCUUCCCCGGCUUGAGCGCGUCCUGUGUAAUUUCCGGGUACAUCGUUUACUUCUCGUUUAUGGUCAGCUUCUUCUGGCUGAAUGUGAUGUCGUUCGACAUUUACUGGACCUUCAAAGGCGUCACGGGUGUUCGCAGCUCGGAAACGAAGAAAUUUCUCCUGUACUCACUGUACGCCUGGGGCUGUCCGAUCCUGCUGGUAGCGACGGCAAUUAUAGCGGAUUACACCGACAUCUUGCCGAUCUAUUUGCGGCCCCAGUUUGGUACGACCAGGUGUCUCUUUGUUGAAAACAAGCUGAUUGAAUUCCUGUAUCUGUACAUGCCGCUGCUGAUUCUGGUGUUUAUGAAUGUGGUGUUUUUCGUCAUUACUGCGCUGCGUAUAUACAAGAUACAGUGUGAAACUUCGGUGGUGCGCCGGGGCGACUCGAAACGGCACACCAAACUUGACAACGACCGUGAUAGAUUCGGACUCUACCUGCGACUGUUUAUCGUGAUGGGAGUCACCUGGUCGCUGGAGAUUAUCUCCUGGGCCGUCGAUAAUAAUGCCUGGAUAUUUUACGUCUCGGACGUGUGUAACUGCAUUCAAGGAUUUCUCAUUUUCGCCCUGUUUGUGUUGAAGCAGAAAAUUAAACGAUUAAUCUACAAAAAGUUCGGUAUACGGGAAAUCCGACAGGAGCAGAAGACGUCAUCGUGCAGUACGCGAACAACGGCCACCAUGGUUUCGUCCUACCAGGAGUCCAAGUCGGACAACCCGCUGGUUACGCGCGAGUCGAACGCGAUCGGUCUGAACGGUGCGAAAGUAAAGCGUGUUAAUAAAACAAGGGUCACGAAUACUUACGGUACAAAUUGGGUUCGGUCGCGCGCGUCAAAAGCCCCAAGUGUGAUGAUGAUGUGCGGUGAAGUGACGCAACGUGUGCCUUCUUAUCGGGGCAUGAUAAGACCACGUCCGGCACAGCGGCGGCAGUGUUGGUGGUGGCAUUCGAUAGCAUUGCUUUGCCUUGGGACGCUGGUCCUCCGUAUCGGUGACGUCGCUGCAGCAAAAACUCCCUGUCCUUUGGUGGAGUCUGUCGAUAUUAGCAACGGCGUGGAGAAUGCGGACGGUUCUAUCGAGCUGGACGGCGUUCGGUACGGGUCCAAUCAGUACUUUCGCGAUGCCAACUCAACCGUCCGCGGAUGUGUGUGCCUCGUGCGCCAGUGUCUACACAUCUGCUGCCCAAUGGGGUCGCCUGAAGGCGAACCCUGCCCACCGGUGGCGCUGAACGUGAACUUCUCCAUGACACCGGACGGGACGGUGCACGAUGUACGCAACCUGCUGGACAGUCCGAACUACCAUCUGCUUUACUUCAAUCCGGAAUGUUCCGGCGCGCUGCUAACACUGUACGGGGACGAGUACAUCGUGCGAUCGGACGGAUUGCUGGCGUACGGUGCGUCGACGUACGACUAUCGGCACUACUGCUUGCAGGCCGACGAACCGACCGCACUCGCCGGUUACUGCGAAACGGUGGAUGUACUCGCGAUGCAUCGCAUGUACUCGAUCGGCAUCAUCCUGUCGCUUCCCUUCCUGGUGGCAACGUUCGUCGUGUACGCCCUGCUGCCCGAGAUGCAAAACAUCCCCGGCAAGUCGCUGAUGUGCUACGUGGCGUGCCUGACCGUCGGCUACCUGCUGCUGGCGCUGAUGCGCUUCAGCGUGUACAGCUACCGGUCGGGCUGGUGCGUCGCGACCGGGUAUCUGGUGUACGCGGCCCUGCUCGCCAGCUUCUUCUGGCUGAACGUGAUGGCGUUCGAUAUUUUCUGGACGUUCGGGGGCAGCCGGGGCCGGUCGAGUGAGCGGCGCAAGUUCCUGUACUACAGCCUGUACGGGUGGGGUGCACCGCUGGUUAUCGUGGCGCUUGUAGCCCUGCUGGACAACACCGAGUUCAUACACGAGUCGAUGCGGCCCCAGAUCGGUGCAGAACAGUGCUUCGUCAGCACGGAGAUGCUGAUUGGGUUCCUGUACAUGUAUCUGCCCAUGCUACUGCUCGUCAGUGCUAAUGUGACGUUCUUUGCCGUGACGGCGUACCGCAUCUUUCGCAUGGAGCAGGCGACCGCUUCCGCACUGUCUGGGGAAUCCCGGCGCCACACCAAGUACGAGAAGGAUCGCAACAGAUAUAGUUUGUAUUUGCGGCUGUUUAUCAUCAUGGGCGUGACCUGGACCGUGGAGUUCGUUACCUGGCUGGUGCGCGAACCAUCCUGGUUGAUCUAUCUGGUUGAUAUCUGCAACUGCCUGACGGGCAUCUUCAUAUUCGUGCUGUUUGUGUGGAAGCAAAAGGUGAAGCAGCUGCUGCUGAAACGAUUCGGUUUCUCCCAGGCCUCCGCCAGUCGGAACGAUCAGCACACCAACAGCACCAUCAGCACGACGCGUACGACCGACCUGAAGGCAAACGCGGAGACGCGCCUGACGGAUGUGACUCAAGGGAAUUGAUGGAAUGUUUACGCAAUGGACGCGAGCACGACGCACCGACCGAGCGACCGACCGGCUGCAGCAGUUAAUGUAUUCGCGAAAACCGCGGGCUAAUGUACUGCCGUCUUCAAUUGGUGAUCGACCAUUGUUUCAUGUACGGAUGAUGAUUGACCAUUAGGCGUGCGAGCAUGGCCAUGACCACCAACCUUAACUGGCAAUCAGUGCACGUAUAUUGCUGUUUGCAUUUUUUAUGGCACAUUUCGUCUGAUCUUUUGGGGAAGGUUCAAAUGUGUGUGUGAAGUGUGCGAAAUAAUGCAUCUUCGAUCACAUGACCUCAUUGUAUUGUAGGGCUUUCCUUUCCUGUCGAUAUCGGAUAAAGACUUUCUUCACAGAUAAACAGUCAUUGACUACAUCGUUUUGAAAAAAAGCAUUAAAUUUAUGAAUCCUUCCUCUUCUAUUUGGCUUAAUGUCCUAUAGGGACCUGCUGGCAUAUAUUGGCUUUUGAGACUUAAUUCAGUAUAACUCACCCGUAUAGUAAGUCCUUGCUACCAGGGGACGAUCCAUUAUAGGCUUGACCCCAUGACGAGCAUGUUGUUGAGUCGUACGAGCCGUACGUAAAAUAAUCGUUAAGUAUUCCAAAGUCACACGCAACACGAAUGGAAUAGCGAAUACUCAUGCAAAAACUGGUAAAUCGAUAGGAACAAUUCAAACUGUUGAAAUAUUUCACACCUGCUAUGAAAUAUUUCAAAUCGAGCCGGUCGAGCAAAUGUUUCAUCGAUUUUCAUUUAAAAAUUUAACUCCAACCGUCAUUUCCAAUCACGUUUUGACGGGUGAUUUUGAUAAGAAGAACAAAAAAUAUGCAAAAAUACUUACCUAAUCGUAUGUUUAACUGUAUUCGACUAAAUUAUAUGAAAAGUUACUUAACGAGCAUCCAGCAUUUGAACAAUAGUUAUUCGAAAAUAGCUUAAUGUAAGACAUUCGCAAUGUAAAUCAGUGUUAAUUCCUUGUACUCUUCAGAGUACUUCUAUCUACCUCUCUACAUCCAUAUUAAACUAUUCCAGUGAGAUACGCGAAGAAGUACAAGCGAUCGCACCAACAGCCACAAUGACUCACCAACAUGCAUGCAUUAAAGUGAUUCAUAAAUCUUGAUAUUUUCAACGCAUUAGGUAAACACAACCAUGUAGAGCCAGAUAACAACCAUCUGUUGCUAGUGUGCGCGCUUUACAUUAUGUAUAUUUUGGUAUGUUUAGUGCGGCGUCGUCGCUGGUCGUUUGAAUUCAACUACAAAACUGCUUUGUACUUUGUGAAAUAGUGUAUGUUUAGUUUGAUAAUUUUACAACAACACAGCGUGUAAAGAGUAUUGCAUCGAUACAAGAGAUAGUAGUAUUGUGUUAAGCCGAAGAAUAAAUCUUUAUUUGUUCAAUGUCAA